AAGUAGCAUAAACUGUAACUACCCGUGUUGGCAGAGCAUAAACUGCAAGAGGGCUUGUAGCAGGAAUGUGGUUGUUGGUUGGUUAAGCCUUGACAAAAUCUAAGCCACCACAUCCCUCUCCUCUCUGAUUUCCCUGGGGUUCUGCCCAGAGUGCUGCUAGGGGGCUCCUGGGGGUUUAAUGCUGGAGCUUGGGCUGGGUCAAGGCACUGUCUAAGCUUUGGCGUUGGUAGGCUCUUGUGCAGGGUGCGGGUUUUCGUUUGAUUCCUCUGGUGGAUGAGUGCUGGAACGUGAGACUUAGCUGCCUGUUGCCUGUGUCCAGUAUUGACUCCGCAGAUUCAUCGCAUGGAUUAAGUGAAAUUCCAGGAAAAACAUGCACCAAAGAGUAGAAUGACCAUUUGGUUUAUAAUCCGUUUGUUUCUUUAGAAGCCGUGGGCUAACUGUAGGCAGAAGUUUAUCCCCUGCCUUGCACGCUCUAGAUAAUUUUUGAACAACUGUCCUUUUGACUUAAGGGAUAUACCAGCAAAAUACCUAAAAGGACAAAGCAUGAUCACACUGGGUCCUAGGUGCAUGCAGUUGGUGUUGGGCUGGUUACCACGCUUGAAAUCUUUAUACCAGUAGUUCAGUCUGAGUAGCAGUGGCAGGUCAGGGGAUUGGAUUCUAAAAGGAAAAGUAUCUCAGUUCUUACUCAGAGCCUUCAUUAAUAUUGAUUGAUAUUGAUUUUGGCAUUAGCAAAAUAAUAUGUUGCAUCAUUUGCACUACAUUUUUCAGAUACAGAAUAAAUGGUUUGCCAAUUAAAUAUGUGAAAAUACCAUUUAAUGUCAUCUGCUUGUUUUCUUUUUAUUUAGCCUAGCAGUGUCACGGUAUAUUUUUGAGGGUUAUAGACUGAAAAAAAAUAUUCAGGUUUGGUUGCGUUUGUGGGUUGUGUAAUCUUGAAAACAUUCAGGUUUGUUAAAUGUGAAAUACAGCGGUUGACAGGCUGCAUGCAUGCAAGAUUACAGGAGUUUCAAGGUUUGGAUCCUGUUUUCACUAUAGUGUUGAUGCAUGUUAAUGUUCCAUUCUGUACAGUAGUAUUUUUGUCGUUACGAGAUCCGUACAACAAUAAUCAAAAGAACAAUAAACAACAAUAAAGUCUGAACGGGAGCUGCGUUACAAUGCGGAGAAGCCACAGUUUUCAAUGUGCAUGAGUCUGAGUGAACUUCAGACUCAAAAUGCCUUUUUUUUUUCCUCUUCUUCCGUGGAUGUUCUAACCGAAAGCUGACAGGGAUGCGUUCAUCUGAAUGUCACAUGUUUGAUUUGAAUCUCUGGAAUGAGUUUUGGACUGAAAUGGACAGGAGGUGGAUGGUUGGACGUGCUCACUCCUUUGUUCCCGCCUGGGUCAGCUGAUCCUGGGGUUGAUGACAGAUAGACCAAGAGUCUGCCUGAACUUCUCUCUGCCACGGCUUUUUUUCUUCCUGCCUUUGAGCUGCCAAGACUCGUGCUCUGUCAAGGUUUCUGUUAGCUCCAGACGAAGCAUCUUGGAUCCUCUGCGGCACAGCACGGUACUCGCUGUUCCGAAACCCCCGUGCGCGUACGUCGCAGCCCUGAGGGACAGCUCUCCGCGCAGUCAGCGACUGCAGCAGGAUUCACUUAGCAGCAUGUGUUAAUGGGACUGACCUACUGACAGAAUAAAUUAUCCAUUUGAACCUGAGACGUGGAAAUUGCACCGAUGCCUUUGAAAUGUGAUAUGUUUUAAAGGGGUAUGCAACAUGGCCCAAACAGAGAAGAAAGGCGGACUGCUCCGGAAAUCUUCAGCCUCCAAGAAGCCAUUGAAGGAGAAAGUUGUGUUGAUGUACGAUGAGGUUUUCACGACAGAGGACCCGAGUAAGAACAACCCUAGGUUUUGGGAGGAGCUGUUUCUCAUGAAGGUCAACCUGGAAUAUCUGGAAGGCAAGCUGGAGGCUCUGGAUGGGGAAGAGCUGAUGAAGAUAAAAGAUAACAUCAACUGCUUGUUUCAGCACUGCAUCCAGGCACUGGGUGAGGAGCACCCGAUCAGAGUGGUCAAUGCUCUACAGACUUUGUGUGCAUUGAUUCGGGGUGUCCAUCAGAAGAACAAGUCCACUUCAGGGUUUGACAUCAUCAACAUGCUUGUGGGUUUUGAUAAGGCAGAGCUUUGUAUGAAGAAUCUGAUGGAGAGCCUAGACUCGCUCCUCUGUGCAGACGGUUCUGAAAGCCUCAAAAGCUUGUGUCUGAAGCUGCUUCUCUGCUUGGUGACGGUGACAGAUAACAUUAGCCAGAACACCAUCCUGGAGUAUGUGAUGAUUAACAGUAUAUUCGAAGCUAUUUUACAGAUUCUGUCCAGCCCCCUUAGUCGGAGGGAACAUGGCUAUGAUGCUGUUGUCCUUCUUGCCUUGCUGGUCAACUACAGAAAGUAUGAGUCAGUGAAUCCUUACAUUGUGAAGCUCUCUAUCGUAGAUGACGAGGCCACGCUCAAUGGAAUGGGACUUGUAAUUGCCCAGGCUUUAUCGGAGUAUAACAGGCAAUACAAAGAUAAGGAAGAGGAGCACCAGAGUGGUUUCUUCUCAGCCCUAACUAAUAUGGUGGGCAGCAUGUUCAUAGCAGAUGCUGAUGAGAAGAUAUCAGUCCAAACGAAUGAAGCAAUACUGCUGGCCCUCUAUGAAGCUGUUCACUUAAACCGGAACUUCAUCACAGUUCUGGCACAAAGCCAUCCUGAAAUGGGUCUUAUGACGACACCAACCAGCCCAAUUCCAACAACGCCUGUCACUCCACUUGGAACCACCCCACCUUCUUCAGAUGUUAUAAGCUCUGCAGAGCUGCCUUUGGAUGCUGACGUGCAAACUAGCAACUUGCUGAUAACCUUCUUGAAGUACAGCUCGAUUGUGAUGCAGGACACAAAAGAUGAGCACCGGCUACACAGUGGCAAGCUGUGUCUGAUUAUCCUGACAUGCAUAGCAGAGGAUCAAUAUGCUAAUGCUUUUCUCCAUGAUGACAAUAUGAAUUUUCGAGUAAACCUACACAGGAUGCCAAUGAGGCAUAGGAAGAAAGCAGCAGACAAGAACCUGCCCUGUCGCCCGCUGGUGUGUGCAGUGCUUGAUUUGAUGGUGGAGUUCAUUGUAACACACAUGAUGAAAGAAUUUCCUAUGGAUCUCUAUGUACGCUGUAUUCAGAUUGUGCACAAGCUGCUGUGCUACCAGAAGAAAUGCAGAGUGAGGCUUCAUUACACGUGGAGGGAGCUCUGGUCAGCUUUGAUCAACUUGUUGAAGUUUCUCAUGUCUAAUGAGACAGUGCUGCUGGCCAAACACAACAUCUUCACCCUUGCUCUUAUGGUUGUGAACCUGUUCAACAUGUUUAUCACUUACGGAGACACCUUUCUCCCUACGCCCAGCAGCUAUGAUGAGCUGUAUUACGAAAUCAUUCGGAUGCACCAGAAUUUUGAUAACCUUUAUUCUAUGGUUCUGAGGAUUUCUACCAAUGCCGGUCAAUGGAAAGAGCCUGCAAGCAAGGUGACCCAUGCGUUAGUCAAUAUUAGAGCCAUCAUCAAUCACUUCAACCCGAAGAUAGAGUCUUACGCUGCAGUGAAUCACAUAUCGCAGCUCUCCGAGGAUCAGGUUUUGGAAGUGGUACGCUCCAACUAUGACACGCUGACCCUGAAACUGCAGGAUGGGCUGGAUCAGUACGAGCGCUACUCGGAGCAGCAUAAGGAGGCUGCCUUCUUCAAAGAGCUGGUGCGGUCCAUCAGCAUCAACGUGAGGAAGAACCUUGCUUUCAACACGCUGAGCCAGGAGCUCCUGCUGAAGGAAUUCUCUACGAUCUCCUGAAGCAGGGGAGCAGCAGCUGCGCAGGGCUGACCAGAGAUGGGCCUGUCUCGCAGGGACACCGUGGAUCCGCGGCUGAUCGCCCCUCGCCUUUCACCUGCAGAACAGACUGCAUUUCUUCCAGGGGAGAGCCUUGCUGCUGUGUGUUUGAUCCCAAAGGCAUGUGUUUCAACAGGACUGUGGCUGAGAAGAGGUGAUCGGCAUGUGGAGAAGGAGGAAGCAAUUCUGUAAGGUGCCACGGGGGUGGGCAGCUCUUUCUGUCACGUAGCAAUGGGAGAUUCCCUCCGCAGCCUCAGGGAAGAUGCACUGGAAACCUUCGUAGCAGAGGUGGGGAGAGCUCACAACCAAAGUAAUAAAAUGGGUCCAGCUGUGUGAGGCAGUUCUGGGUUGAGGUUGUUGUCUGUUCCACAGGAGAGCUCUGACCCCAGGCAAGGGCUGCUCUUUUCGAGCAGCCUGGAUCAACCCUCCCUCCACCCUGUAGGUCAAAUCCAUUGCCAUCCCACUGGGAGUUUUGGGAGGAUAUAAACCAGAUUCCCAAGAGAGCGUACCCUGAUCGCUGCUGGUUUCAGAUGUCAGAAAGUGUUGUUUGAACCAAGCCAUCAAAUCACUGAAGGAGGAGAAAUUCUCAGCUUACCAGUCCAGCUUGUUGGUCUGGCCUGAGCCAGUAUGCAAGGGUAUACGUCAUCGAAGUGGGCCAUCUGCAACAGGAGACCACCCCUGGUUGGUGCACCCUUGCUCAUCUCAUCUCUGCUGUCUCUAAGGUUGAGGGAAACUUUUACAUAUUUCACUUCCAUGGGGCAGAGGACAGGCUGGCUCCCACCCACACACUCCCCUUGUUGCCCAUCAGAGACUGCAUUGUGACAAUCUUCCUCUUCCUCACAGGAAUGUCUGCCUUGCAGGUUUGCAAGUGCCUGGUGGUGUUCACGAGCUAAAAAGUCCCCAGUUUUUCCCUCGUGUGUAGCUUGCUGGUACUGCAUUUAAAAGAGGAGUAGUUACUUCACUUUCUAGCUUGUCCUUCUGUCUUCACUGAGCGACUCACCACAAACUUCCUAAGGAAGAGCUCCAGGAUGAUGCUCCGGGGUCACAGGGAGACCUUUCUGCUCAAGAGCCAGUGUUUCAGAGGUGCCUGUGUCAGAUAGCCUGUUUUGGGUGCUGUGUCAGGCUGCCAACUCAGGAACAUGCAGCACAAACACCUUCUCCCUGCUCAUGCGUUUUCAGCUCCUGGCAGUAGCUGGUAUGGUAGGACGUGGCCUGACUUGGCGGGUUGAACUAGAGAAGUUAUUUACGUCCCAGAUCCACUUUUUUUCCUAGAAAACGUGGGAAAAAAAAAAGUGCCUAGUCCUGCUCGUAGCCUUAUAGGUCGGAGUAGUGUGAGUGGUGUCCUGCUCAUUCUCUGCCAGUUUUAGGCAAUGUUUGUUCAUGCUAACAUGUGCUGAUCAGUUCAGUGUUUCAUCUUUACCUGCCAUGAGCAUGGGAAACUGAAAGCUGUGUCCUUGGCUGCCCACUGGUCGCAGAACCAGAAGAAGAACAUGUUUUCCUCGGGAGCGCUGGCUUCUCCCAGCUGAGGACAUUUUGCCUCAGCACAGACUGUUUGGCUUUCAUCAGCUAAGGCAGACACGUACGUGCUUUCCUGCCAGGUGAGUGCGUGUCAGAGGGAUGGUGCCUGGGAGAAGCAGGCUCCGCGAAGUCACUCUGCUCAAGAACAGGUCCAGGCAUGUGGGAGGGGGCCGUUUCUCCAGUGACAAACAAGUAGAAAUAGUUGCAGUACGUGGUGCUGUAGUCUGUAGUGUGUUCGAGAAGCUCUUGCUUACACCAUCUCCUCUCCAAGGGGUAAACUUCCUCCCCAAGGGGGCUCCAGUUCCUCCGGUACAGCCCCAGCAUCGCCGCUGUUGGAGUAUCGAGUUGGCCAGCUCGAGGUAGGACUCGGAGUCCCGUGCCUCCUUUUCUCUGAUCCUGUCUAGACCGAGAGUAGACGGGCAACUGAGAGCCGGGGAUGAGCCUGGCUCUGCCUCUGCAGCCUUUGGGAUUCUCAGCUUUUCACUCUGGGCUCAGCUGCCCAAGGACUCAUCUCCCCACGGUGCUCCCUUGCUGGGAUGAACUGGCGCACCCGGGCUGUGACUGGGAGCACCUCCUCGGGUCGGCCGAGCUGGGGCAGGCUGUCACGCACGUCCUGUUGUCACACUGUCACCAAACCAAGCGCUGUAAAUGGAUGUACAUACAGAUCUAGAGCUCAAUAAAUAGCAGAGCCCUGCCUGUCCA